AUGGAUUGGAUAAUUUCGGAUGAGUUAGGGCUCACAGUGGGACACCUGGUUGGCUGGGGAGCAGCUGGUGCUAUGAUAAUAGGUGGUGUUGCUCCAUAUAUUCCACAGUACAGGCAAAUAAAAAGUACUCAAGAUGCUGAAGGCUUUUCUUUAUAUGUUUGUUUAGCUCUACUCAUUGCAAAUACUCUGAGAAUAUUGUUUUGGUUUGGUAAGCGUUAUGAAUUACCAUUAUUAAUUCAGAGCAUUGUUAUGAAUAUAACAAUGUUUGUGAUGAUACAUCUAUGUGUAACUGUUAGAAAAAAGAGCCAGAUAAUUAGAGCAAGGGAAAGAAUAUUUACAGCCCAGCCAGAUGAAACGGCACGCUGGCUGCAUCAGAGAAGCAGCAUCUCGAGUGGUGAGAAGCCCCAUCGCUUUUAUGACAUGAAGCGAAAAUAUUUCUGGGCCUGGACUGACUUCCAAAGCUAUGUAGACUGCAUGUUGGUGUUCUCAGUUUUGGGAGCUGCCAUCACAUAUUUAUUGAUAGAAUUUUCGCCUUUUGUUGAACUGAUUGGAUUCAUGGCACUAUUCACAGAAGCCAUGCUUGGUGCUCCACAAAUAGCGAAAAACUAUCAAAAUAAAAGCACAGAGGGAAUGAGUGUGAGUAUGGUGGUAAUGUGGACAUGUGGUGACCUAUUCAAGACUGCAUAUUUUGUAUUAAGAGACGCGCCACCGCAGUUCUGGGUGUGUGGCAGCCUUCAAGUAUCCUUAGAUAUAGUAAUUCUCCUACAAGUAUGGUUGUACAGGGACAACACUGCAGCAGCAAGAAGGUUGCGUCGCGGCGACUAG